UAAAUAUUAAAACCAACCUUUUUAGAACCAACGCGUAAUGAGAGGAAAAUAAUGGAAGGAAAAAGGAGAUAUUACUUAAUUUGCAGGCAGAUUAUUUGUAGGAAGCAAAAAGUAAAGUCAAAGUAGAAACAGUGUGUAUUCCGCGUGACUGGUCAAUGACGCGCUUUCCCUACUGCUUUUGCUUUUCCUGAAUUAUACAUAUCAAUCAUUGCUGCUUUCACUUUCUUUUCUACCAUAUUUCUCUUCUGCUUUACCCAAACUCUGUUGAAUCUCACCUUCUUUCAUGGCUUCUUCUUUUUUUGACAUCGACAUCGACACCGCCUUGGGAUUGUUACUAUCCUGUGCUGAAGCUAUUGAAGAUGGGGAUCUGAAAAGCGCCGAUAAGUUCCUUCACAACAUCUUGAUUCUUGCUGAUGAGAGACUCUACCUAUAUAAACGCGGAGUGGUGAAAUACUUUGCGGACGCUCUGGUUCGCCGAGCCUACGGACUGCAUCCCGCUUCUUCCAACUUAACUUUCCCGGUGGAUCCUUCACCAUAUUAUCAUUAUAACAGCAACCGUAUUAAUGGCGUCAUAGAAAAUGUCAUCCAUGGUGCUUUAAUGGAAAAGAAUGCUUUGAUGGGAAACAGGCGAUUCCACCUCAUUGAUUUCUCCAUCCCGUAUUACGAUUCUCAGAAUUCAGUUCUUCGUACACUACCGACCUUCUCCGGCGAUCCUCUACCCGUCCGUGUAAGUUACAUACUUCCACCAUUUCUAAAAGAACAUGUAAAGUUCUCACACCAAAUGGAGUUUUUGACUAAGGAUGCCAAGGAAGUUAAUGUAAAGUUGGAGGAUGAGUUGAAAGUGGUUUAUGCCAAUAGUUUGGCAGAAGCGGAUGAAUUUGAAAUAGAUUUCAAAAGAAGAGAAGAUGAAAUGGUGGUGGUUUACUAUAAAUUUAAACUUGAUAAGAUGGUAAGAGAUGCAAAAGCAAUGGAGAGAGAGUUGGUAAGAUUGAAGGAGAUAAAUCCGACGAUUGUAAUCAUGCUAGACUUUUAUUCCAAUCAUACCCACUCCAAUUUCUUGACGUGUUUCAAGGAUUCAUUUCAGUAUUCCUUGAAGACUCUUGAUUUCUGGGCGCAGUUGGAACUUUUUCUUGAAGAGGAGUAUGAGUGGGACUGCAACAUAGAGGCAUGGGAAGGUAAUAAUGUAAUUAGGCGGCACCCAACUUUGACAGAAUGGCAACAUCUCUUUUCAAUGGCUGGCUUUAGUCGAAUUCCAUUAAACCACAGGAAAGAUACUCUUAGCGUUGAGGAUGAAGAUUUGUUAGGAAUAAUGGGGGAGGAAGAAGAGUGUUUGAUUUUAGGUAAGGAGGGAUGUCGAAUGUUUUUCUUGUCGGCAUGGAAACCCAAAGUUGAAGAAGAGCACUUAAAUUUCAAUUCCAGCAAGGAUAAGUUAGGACAAGGUUUCAAUCCAUUUCCAUCACCUCUUCCGCCUCUUCAACCAUUUCUGGAGGUAUUAAUUUUACAUUUAAUUAUUUUAUAGUCUCUUAAAAAAUAAAAAAUUAAACUUUUAUAUAUAUUUGCACUCAAACUAAAAUCGCCUAUCCGAUUAGUUACAAACGCUUUUUGAUAAGCGCUUGCCGCAGCGGGUAU